AUGCCGGCCCCGUGGACCAGCACCACCUUCUCCUCGAUCCUCCGUCAGGCCAUCGCGGUCGCCAAGAAUGUUCCUCUGGCCUCCCGGGCUGGAGCAGCUCUGACCGGUCGCCGGGCCCGCCAGGCGCUCCAGGUCUUCCAAGAGGCAUUACCAACCCUCACCGAAUCGGCGGGACAUCUCAAUGGUCGUCCUCUGGCGUACGCGACCGAGCCCAUCCGGCUCGGAACGCGAUCUCACCGGCCCAUGUCGGCGCAUGCGCGUAUGCACGCCGCGGGGCGUAACUUUCGUUCUGGAUCAGGCGGGAGUAGGAGCUGGAAGGCGGGACCCAGUAUGGCGCGUAGCAAUGUCGGGUUAGGAUCGGCGAGGACGUUCGCGUCUGGUCCUACUUCAUCGGCGGUGUCGAAUGUCCCCGUCGUCCUGCGGGCUUUCGUCUCCCUGCUCGAUGACGAAGAGUUCAACCAUAAACUUCCCCGGGCAACUCGGUACACCCCUUACAAGCCCCGGAAGUCCACCCGUCAGGCCCGCCGUCGCCACACCAGGCGCGCGGCUAGCAUCGCAUGCUCGGUCGACUCUCGGCUCUCCAUCUCUGAGCUCUCCCACUUCUUCCCGUACAUCUCCACCUCAACCGCAACUCCCUCACUCCCUCCUACGGUCGACACCCUCGUUACUCCGGGUACGACCGCUAUCCUCUCCCUUCCUCUUUCGCCCUCCCUUUCGGCGCUUCUCUCAUCUACGACCCAAGUGCCCUACGCGGCGGCCGAAGUAGGCGUCUCGGUGCUGUCGUCACUUAGUAUGGGCGUCCUCGGUCUACAAGAGGCGUUCAGCCUGCACUACUGGCAUCGGAUCGGGCCGCUCUUGGCUCGGCUCGAUGACUUGGGGUUCUUGGGCGGCGAAAGCGGGAGGGGGGUCAGGCACGAGAUGAUUGUUGACAGCACGGGGAGGCCGGAUAUCCUCCGCCUGACAUUCUCAGACAGGUCAGAGGCGGACGUCAUGCAGCUGCUGGAUGGGUGGUUGGUCGAAGAGGGCGGUAGGACUUGGUGGGGUCUUAGGGAGAUUAGCGAGGUAGGGGGAGAAACGGAGAUGGGUGCGAUGAAGCUGAGCAAUGGGGAGCGAAAGGAGAUGAUGGAGGACUGGGACGAGAGCGGGAACGGAGCGGUCCCUCAAGUCAUCUUUGACGCCGACGCCCCCGCCGAGGGAUCAACGGUCGACCUCAUCUUCCCCUCCCUCGAAACCGGACUCCCGGUGGAGAUGGACCAAGCCUACUGGUCUCCUCUUUCCCCUUCUUCGGGCUCGCCUCACUCCCUCCAUUCCCCUAUCUCAGACUACGAGCUCGAAUCUGACUUCUCCAUGGGCUCCGGCUCGGGGUCACCUAUAUCACCCAACUCCCCCGUCGGGUCCUUGUCAACUUCGAUCCUCUCCCAGCUGUCUUCCCUGCCUUCGGAGGAUAGCCGACGCUGGUCUGUCCAUCCUUCGGAGGACGACCUCGAGGUGGAAAGUGCAGUGUCGGAGAUGUGGAGCGGGGCGGGCAGUGAAGUAUGGGACGAGGAGGAUAUGGUGGAGGUACAGUUGAGCUGGGCGGGGGUCGGGCAGGGGAUGGGAUCGAGGAUGGGGCUGGCAGAUUCGUGGUAG